GCCAUCCCCAGUUAUCAAACUUUCCCACUUGUCCCCUUUGCUUUUUGACGGCCGCAACGUGGUAGCGUUGCACGAAUUACAAUGGCCCUGUUUAAGAACAAGAUGCGAUCAGCCCACGGAGUGUUCUCUUCUAAACGGCCUACUGAUCCUGCCAGGACCUCGAACACUACUAUCAAUUCAGCCAAAAUGGGGAGCUCAACCGAGUUGGCCCCAGCGUAUGUCGAUAGCGUCAUGGCCCCCGAUACGGAUGCCCACCCCAAUGUCACCAACGGCAGUGGCGGUGCGCAUAAUGAACCACUGGUCCUGGACUUUGCAACCAUGCAAGAUGCUUCUGAUUCAAAUGCAAGGAGUGCCCCUCUUUCACCCGUCACUAGACCGGCCGAUCCCGAACGAAGAGAAAGUUGGCUUUCAGAUGACGAGACUGCUCCCGCUCCACAGAUAGACUUUACAAGAAAGGAUAUCCAUAUCCCCUCCCGUACCAGUUCCAGUACCCCCCAGGCCAACCAAAAGCGCAUAUCAUUGCAACGGCGACUGAGCGCAGAGCCAUCGUCGCCUAACAACGGACGUGGAACACCAGACAUGCAACAGUCACGCACUCGAAGUAUGUCACGCACAUCUAGUGCCGUGCCACAGAAUAUACUGUCUUCACGCAUUCCCAUGAACGAACAGCCGACCACGAUACGAAGCUCAGCCGACUCAGUCAUAUCAUAUGAGUCCACGCCAUCUUUCGCAACGCGACAACUCGGACCUCUCCAGCAAAAAGCUGAUAUCAUCGAAGACGGAGACCGUCUUUCACCAUUACUGGAAGAUGACCCCCAGUCAUUCGAUCUUGUCAGCGGACCCAUCGACAACGCACGAUCACAAUACUCCCUCGAGACCAGAUCCGAGCAACUCUUCUCGAAAGAGCAUCUGAAGGCCAUCUUCGCCGACACUGCAUCCCUACUUCGAUUUACGUCAUUCCUGAGCAUCGCCCGACCCAACUCGCUCCCUACUCUGAUCUACUACCUCGAUGCACUGAAAGCGCUACGAGCCAUCAGCUACGCCAACGCCGUUGCAGAAGCCCUGGAACCCAUUCCAGGCUUGGACUUCACCGAGACUCCGGCGCGAACGACCAUGAAUGCCGUCCUAGAGGAAAAAGCCAAUCGGGCCUUUGACGUCCUGGUCCGCGACGAUCUUCCGGCUUUUAUCACGCACGUCUUCAUCCAAGUAGUUAGCGUGAGCAUUGCGAAACGUGUAACGGGGAAUCUUCCUCCGAUGCUUCGUGAAGCUAGUGAGGGUCUGGCCGAGGUCUUCUGCCUGACAGACCCAUCUAGGACCGACAACCCGAUUAUCUUUGCGUCGGAAGAAUUCCACCGCACGACUCAGUAUGGCGUUGGGUACGCCAUCGGUCGCAACUGUCGCUUCCUCCAAGGUCCGAAGACGAACCGCGCCAGCGUUGAGCGCUUUGGCAUAGCGGCCCGUGAGGGCAAAGACCAUAGUGAGGUGUUCCUGAACUAUCGCCGUGAUGGAUCGCCAUUUAUGAAUCUUUUGAUGAUUGCGCCUCUUCUUGAUUCGCGGGGAACCCUACGAUACUUUAUUGGCGCGCAAAUCGACAUUUCCGGUCUUGUAAAGGACAGCACCGAUCUUGAGGCUUUCCGGCGCAUGCUCGACGAGGAAGAAGGCCAGACAGAGAAGGAGCCACAGAAAGAUGAAUUCCAGGCGCUCAGUGAGAUGUUCAAUAACACCGAGCUGGACACCGUGCGGAAAUACGGUGGCAAUAUGCACAGGGAGCAUCUUGAAGAGCAGGACGAUGCGAGCAUGCAGCACAAGCCCAGGCUGCUGAUCCAGGACCAAUCUACCUUUGACGUUGACAGGGCUGAGAAGCCAGCGAUCAACAAGGCAGACGGCAGGCUGUCUGGCCCAUACAAACACUACCUCGUUGUGCGCCCGGCGCCGUCUCUGCGCAUCCUCUUCACAUCGCCCUCUCUUCGUGUUCCCGGCAUUCUCCAGUCGCGUUUCCUCGAUCGCAUUGGCGGAAGCAACCGUGUCCGAGACUCCCUCAGCGACGCGCUUGCAGAUGGGUCCCGCGGUGUUACGGCGAAGAUCCGCUGGCUGCCGCAUGCCGUGUCCGACCUUGAAGACUCUUAUGAAGAAGGCCGACCCAGGUGGAUACACUGCACUCCUCUGCUCGGACAAAACGGGUCUGUGGGUGUCUGGAUGGUGGUCCUCGUUGAUGAGAAGGAACAUUCUGCACCGCAUCGCAGAUUCCGCCAAGCACCGCCCAUCCCCAACGAUAUCCGCGGCAACAGCCUAGCGGGAGAAAGGCGACCCUACCAGACUCCCCGAUUCGAUGAGUAUGGCAACGAUACCAGCAGCCAGUAUACCCCUUCACGCGGGGCGUCUCCUUAUGCGAACAGCAAUGGCGUAUCCCGUCACUACGAGAACUUGCGCACCCCUUCGACCCCGACCCGAGCGCAAAGCCCAAUGACUUAUGACCAGCGCGGAAUUCGAUCAGGCUCCUCGUCGGUCAAAGAUUAUGUCAAUGGGGCACAGGCUAGUGUUGAUUCUUUCCGCAUCUAGCACUGCUGAUUCCCUAUCAGGAAGAGGAAGAGGUAGCAUUGGGAACGGCAACACCGGUUCGCGUGGAGAAGAGAGACGGCGCAACAAGAAUAUACUAAACGAAAGAUGUAAUGAAGAGUGUUGAGAGUCAGAAUGAGGUCGUCACUUGUAGAAAGAAGAUGAAGGAUAUAUAGACUGGGUGGUCGGGUUGUACUGCGCUGUUGUUCAUCUGCUCUAUACCCAUUCUGUAAACGUAACUUAAGCAUAGCAUCGAUAGCGGCGUUAAUUUUCAUUUGUUCAUAAUUCUUAAUACACAUCGUACAAG